AUGCCAAUACCCUCGUCCUCGUGUGGCCCGGUGACUUCUGCGUGGUCACUUUCCGCGGGUGGGACUAAGAAAAGGAAGAGGUUGAUCCUGUGGCCGUUUGCUCAGAGAUUAACCUCGGCCAACGGGGACUGCCCAGGGCAGCCAGACUCUGGCCUCAAGAGCCCCCUCUUUGGGCAGCCUCUGGCAAGUCUUUGUGGGGAAGAGAAGACCCUGCCCCAGCCAGUCCAGGAUCUCCUGGCCAUACUGUACAGAGAAGGGCCUGCCACUGAGGGGAUAUUUCACAAAGCUGCCAGUGAGACAGAGCGCAGGGACUUGAAGGAGGCCCUCGACAAAGGGGACACCGUUGACUUGGACAGCAAACCUGUGCACCUCUUGGCGGUAGUCUUGAAGGACUUCCUCCGCAAUAUCCCCUCCCAACUCCUGUCAGCGGCCCUGUACGAGAAGUGGAUGCUGGCUCUGGAGAAGCCAAGCAGGGAAGAAAAGAUUGAAGAAUUGAAAGAGGUGGCUGACCAGCUGCCCCGGCCAAAUCGUCUCUUGCUCAAGCCCGUGCUGGCUGUGCUCCAUCACAUUAGCCAGAACGCAGAGACCAGCAGGAUGAACUCCCACAACCUUGCCAUCUGCUUUGGGCCCAACAUGCUGAGCCCAGGCACGGACAGCACACUCCCACUGCAAGUCCAGAAAGAGAUGAAUGACAAGAUAUGUUGA